AUGAUGCUAGCCUUGCCUUGCAACAAAUACGGCCAUUUCCUUCCUCCAAACACUCCUCCAACUCCUCUCAACGACAAUAUCACCUGGGAGCCGUUUGACGAUCGGGCCACUUUCGAAUUUGUCGAAUGGGUGGUUGAGGACAGCCCGCAGUCUCAUGCCAACCUCAAGAAGCUCCUUCGCAUCCUCGCCGCCAAGUUCACGACUGACGGUAUGCCUGACUACUGCCCCUUCUAUCGGUCGAAGCAACAGAUCCUCGACGCGAUUGACGCGAUCGAGUGCGGUGAGGCAUUGUGGCGUACUGUUGCCGUCCGUUAUCGCGGUCCUCUUGGCCCUCACUCGCCGCCUAUUCUGCACAUACGCAACUCCCUAGAAGUCGUCAAGACUCUCGUUGGCAAUCCUGAAUUCGUCAACCACUUCGAUUAUGUCCCAUUCAAGGAGUACACGGCUCCGGAUUGCCGGCAAGUAUCGAACAUGAUGUCAGGUCAAUGGUCAUUUGAUAAAGCGGAUGAAAUUAGCAUUGACCCAUCAACGCAAGGAGGCAUGCUCGUUCCCAUUGUGCUUGGAGCUGACAAGACAACGGUCUCAGUUGCUACUGGGCAUCAAGAGUUCUAUCCAACAUACAUGUCCAUCGGCAACAUACACAACUCUAUGCGCCGGUCUCAUCGAGAAAGCGUCAUCCCUGUGGCGUUCUUGCCCAUCCCACACACCUCUCGCGAGUUCGAAGAUGACGAAGAUUUUCGAGUCUUCAAGAAACAAGUCUAUCAUUCCUCACUCACCGCUCUGCUCAUGCCUCUGCGCCCCGGAAUGACCAAGCCCCACGUGCUCCGAUGUCCCGACCUCCAUUUUCGCCGUGCAAUAUUCCAAGCGGGACCAUUCAUCGCCGAUUACCUCGAGCAGGUCUACGUGUCGGGUGUGGUAUACAUGUGGUGUGGACAAUGCCUCUCUAUCCCCAAAGACGAUUUCCUCGAGGGCGACCGCCGCACCCAUGAGCUCACGGCGAUGAUCCGUGAACUUUGCACCCCAAAGGAUGCCUGGGUCAUCUUCGGGAUCAAUCCAGACGUCGAACCUUUCACAACUCACUUCCCUCGUGCCGAUAUACAUGAGUUGCUCACCCCCGAUAUCCUACACCAACUCGUUAAAGGUGUCUUCAAGGAUCACCUUGUCGAGUGGGUUCUCGACUACAUCAAGAUUGUGCACGGCGAACGUGUAGGGAACAAGAUAAUUGAUGAUAUUGACCGACGGAUAUCUGCUGUUGCCCCAUUCCCUGGACUGCGGCGAUUCCCGCAAGGGAGGAAGUUCAAGCAGUGGACCGGCGACGAUUCUAAGGCUCUCAUGAAGGUCUUCCUGCCUGCGAUAGCCGGUCACGUUCCAGUGGACGUUGUUCAAUGCGUCAAGACGUUUCUUGACUUCUGCUAUAUCGCACGACGGCCCUCCCAUGAUUCAAACAGCAUUCACGCCAUGGAGGAACUUCUUGUGCGGUUCCACGACCUCCGCACAGUAUUCAAAGACGCCGGCGUGCGCGACGACUUCGAGCUACCGCGACAGCAUGCCCUCGUCCACUUCCCGCGUAUGAUCCGGCAGUUCGGCUCGCCCAAUGGCGUAUGCAGUACUAUCACGGAGUCUAAGCACAUCCCAGCUGUCAAGAAGCCCUGGCGUGAGUCCAAUCGUCGCAACCCACUCGAGCAAAUUCUCCUCAAGCUCGUGAGGAAGAGCAAGCUAGCUUCCGCACGUGUCAACUACGGACGCCAUGGCAUGAUCAAUGGCGAUGUUCUCUCUGACGCUCUGCGCAACCUUGACCUAGAAGACGCUGCCUCUGACGACAGCGAUGUCGAAGACGUCCUCGACCCUGAGCAGCUGGAAGACGCCCUGUUCCGAGAGCUUGCCGCGCAGGCUGCUGCAGGCGACGUACCUCAAGCGGAGGUUACGCUCUCCGCAUGGCCAGCAUACAAAAAGCGCGCGCACGUAGUUGCUCAGAUCCUUCAGCAGCCACGCCUCGUAGAGAUGUUGCGCCGAUUCCUGUACGCGCAGCUCAACCUCGAUAACCCGGAUGCUGAAAACCACGCCAAUGUCGACCUCCUUCAGUGCCCUUUCCUGCAUGCGCGUACCCUUCUCUCGGUAUACCACAGCGCGACGGCUGUGUUCUACGCUCCCAGUGAUGUUGCCAACCCUGGUGGUAUGACCCGCGAGAUGAUCCGUAGCACGCCGCGUUGGUGGAAGGGGCACGCGCGCUACGACACCGUCCUUGUGAACCUCGGCGGGGAUGCGGUUCAUGCAGAGACCAUCGAUGGGAUGAUGGUCGCCCGCGUUCACGCGUUUGUCUCCGUUCCAUACGAUGGAAAUACGUACGAAUGCGCCAUUGUACGCUGGUAUGUACGCGAGGAACAGAUCGAUCUCGCGACCGGUAUGUGGAUUGUUCACCCAGAGCUUGAGAAUGGACACCCCGUGUACGACGUUAUCCCCGUUGCCUCCAUUGUUCGAGCAUGUCACCUCAUCAGUGUUUAUGGACGAACUCGAGUUCCAGACACAUUUCAUUUUUCGGACUCCUUAGAUGCGUUCAAUAGGUACUAUCUGAACAUGUACGUAGAUUACCACCUACACGAACUACUGUACUAG